CAUCCUUUUUACUCCCUCAAUCCCUCAUCAUGCUCAUUUGCUCUCUCUCUCACACCAAACAUAACAACAAGGGUCCCAUUCUCAAUCCCAUCACUCUCAAUCUCUCUCAACAAUUAACAAUAAAUCCCACCACCUCUUCCUUCACAUUUCCUCCAUUAAUACUCCCACCAAAUCUUCAUCACAUACACUAAUCUCUCUCACUACUCCGGCGAUAUUUUCCGAGCAGAGGUCAAAGGUCAGAGGUCGGCGGUCAAAGGAGAGAGAAAAUGGCUGCGGCAUUAGAAUGUUGGUCAAGUAGAACAAGCACAACAGAAGAAGAUACAGUUGAACAAGUUCUAAUGCGUUCUCAUCACAGAUCCGAAGGACUUCCAGAACCUUCUACAACUACUAAAGAUACUUCAUCUUCUUCUGCAAUGCAGAAACGUUUCCAGAAACUAUCGAGAAACGUUUCUGAAGCUAUUGCUUCACUUAAAAACUCACUUAAUCUUGACUCUCCUCGUCAAGUUACUCCUAAAAUUGACGGUCAUCGUAAUAUUGUUUGGGGUAGCGUUGUUCGUAGUCUUACUCAGCUUUAUCCGGGCAGCCAACUGCCCGAAAAACUUGUCUCUAAUAUUCGUAAACACUACGAUUCCAUGCCUUUAAGUUAUGCGCAAGCGGGGUUUGAUAUGAAAGAUGUGUUUGUUCAUAUAAGAUUAAUUGAGCAAGCGAGUGAGGAAGAUCAACCGGCUGUAAUAAUACAAGAGGUAUCUGAGGAUGAAGUUCAGGGGGUAGUUUAUAGGAUUACAUUUGCUUGUAAUUCGUCGAUUUCGUGGCCGGCUGUGUCAGGAGCGUUAGAAAAUGGUUCGAUGUGUUGUAAGAAGAUACAGAUCUUUGAGAGGAAGAGUUCUACUUUAGGCAUACUUCAUGUUUUAGUCCAGAGUGGACAAGAAAAGAAUUUUAAAAUUCGGAUUGAGAAUGCGUUGAGGUCGGCUUCUAAGAAGCCGAAACUUAGCAAUAGGAAGCUUCCGUUUGGGCUUUGCGGGUGUGAUCAGGAUGAGAAUGGUAGAGGGAGGGAUUUUGGGGAGAUAGAGGAGGAGUUUGGGGAUCAGAGUUAUAGGAAUAGUGUGGAGUGUUCGAGUGAGAGGAUUGAGCUUUCGAUGCCUUUGUCGUCUUCUUCGAUUGUGGUAUCGGUGGAUGAGUGGCAGACGGUGAGGGCAGGUGGGGAUGAGAUUGGGAAAUGGUUGUUGAAUUCAGAGAAUGUGGAGUUUGGUGAUCAGAUUGGGCCGAGUUCGUUUAAGGGUGUAUAUAAAGGUAAGAGGGUUGCCAUUGAGAAAUUAAAAGGGUGUGAUAAGGGGAAUGCUUACGACUUUGAGCUUCGAAAAGAUUUGUUAGAGCUUAUGACUUGUGGGCAUAAGAAUGUAGUACCGUUUUAUGGUGUAUGUGUCGAUGAGAUUCAUGGGCUUUGUGUUGUUACUAGGUUCAUGGAAGGGGGAUCAGUGCACGACUUGAUGCUGAAGCACAAGAAGCUUCAAAUUAAGGAUGUAAUGAGGAUUACUAUAGAUGUUGCAGAGGGUAUAAAGUUUUUGAUUGAUCAUGGCAUUGCUUAUCGAGAUCUAAAUACUCAGAGAAUCUUAUUGGAUCGCCAGGGGAAUGCUUAUUUAGGGGACAUGGGAAUAGUCAAUGCAUGCAAUAGCACCGGUGAGGCAAUGGAAUAUGAGACUGAUGGUUACCGAUGGCUGGCUCCUGAGAUCAUUGCAGCUGAUCCCGAAAGUGUCAGUGAGACGUGGAUGAGUAACGUUUACAGUUUUGGAAUGGUAGUAUGGGAAAUGGUAACUGGUGAGGCUGCUUACUCCGCAUACUCACCUGUGCAAGCUGCAGUUGGAAUAGCUGCUUGCGGUCUUAGACCUGAAAUCCCUAAAGAUUGCCCCCAAGUCUUGAAAUCUCUCAUGAUCAAGUGCUGGAACAACAGCCCUUCAAACCGGCCUCAAUUCUCUGAGAUUCUCUCGCUAUUGCUGCGGCCUAGCAUUAGUAGUACUCCAAACAACAGGUGAAUGUACAUAAACGUACCGUUUCUUUGUCUGAUUAGUGAUUUCACCCUCUCAUGGAUGUAUGUAGUGCAAGUUUGUAUUUCUUGAUGAUGAAUGAAAUUAAAGUUUUGAUCUAUGGCCACA